AUGACCCUGAAAAUCAGAUGUGUGGCUAAUUAUACAAAGGAAAAAUCCCCAAACAUGCUUUUCUUAUGCGAUCCUGAAACAAGGCUGCAACAGUUAACCGCUUCUCCGCCUCUCCGUGUUAUGAAUGAUUUUGUCUCCCAACUGCAGUUUUCCAAAGUGGACCUGGAUCAGGCCUUAUUCCAGCCGUUCCCAUCGGAAAUCAUAUUCCAGAACUACUCUCCCUGUGAAGUCUAUGAAGUGCCAUUGGUUUUGAGGAACAACGACAAAAUCCCAAGGAUGGUAAAAGUUGUCGAAGAAAGCUCACCUUACUUUAAAAUCAUCAGCCCCAAAGACAUCGGCCACAAGGUAGCCCCUGGAGUGCUAUCUAUAUUCCGAAUCCUCUUCACUCCCGAGGAGAACAAGGAUUACGCCCACAUGUUGACCUGUAUCACAGAAAGAGAAAAGUUCAUUGUGCCGGUCAAAGCUAGAGGGGCUCGAGCCAUCCUAGACUUUCCUGAUGAGCUGAACUUUUCCACUUGCCCUGUGAAAUACAGCACCCAGAAGGUUCUGCUGGUCCGAAACAUUGGCAACAAAGACUCCAUGUUCCACCUCAAAACUCGCAGCCCAUACUCAGUAGAGCCAACGGGCGGGAAUCUUGACGUGGGGGAAUCCAUGCAACUGGAAGUGAACUUUGAGCCACAGACUGUGGGCAAUCACAAUGGGAAACUCAUCGUGACUUAUGACACAGGUGAGAUGGUAUUUGUGUGUCUCUAUGGAGUUGCUGUAGACGUGAACAUAAGGCUGGACAAGAAUUCUUUGAUCAUGGAGAAGACCUACAUAUCUCUGGCCAACCAGCGCUCUAUCACCAUUCACAACCGCACAAAUAUAAUUGCCCACUUCCAGUGGAAGGUGUUUGCUACCCAAGAAGAGGAAGACAAAGAAAAAUAUAGGGUCUGUGAUGAUCUGCGCAAGGAGGAAAAGCAAGAAACCAACUUGAUCCUUGAAGACUGCCUCUUGGAUCCCUCUCUCCGAGAACGCCUUUCCAUUAUCUCCCGUACCUUCGAGAACCAGAGGAAGCUGGUUGAAGCAAACAGUAUGCUCUUUCUGGAUCACAUUUUCACGAUCGAGCCCCCGGAAGGUGAUGUCUGGCCCAACUCAUCAGCUGAAAUCACUGUGUAUUUUAACCCCCUAGAGGCCAAGCUCUACCAGCAGACAGUUUACUGUGACAUUUCAGGCCGAGAGAUCCGCUUGCCCCUCCGAAUCAGAGGAGAAGGAAUGGGGCCCAAGAUUCACUUCAACUUCGAAUUACUGGACAUUGGCAAAGUUUUCGUUGGAUCUGCCCACUGUUACGAGGCGAUCCUAUCCAACAAAGGCAGCAUCGAUGCCCUCUUCAAUGUCAUCCCUCCAACUUCAGCCUUGGGGGCCUGCUUUGUUUUCAAUCCUAAAGAAGGCAUCAUUGAACCGAGUGGGGUCCAAGCUGUCCAGAUCUCCUUCAGUUCUACCAUCCUGGGGCACUUCGAAGAAGAGUUCCUGAUCGAUGUCAACGGGUCCCCUAAUCCUGUGAAACUGACCAUUAGAGGCUGUGUAAUUGGACCAACAUUCCACUUCAAUGUCCCUGCUCUGCACUUUGGGAAUGUUUCCUAUGGAUUUCCCCAUACUUUGAUAUGUUCCCUCAAUAAUACAUCUUUGGUCCCCAUGACCUUCAAACUGCGUGUCCGCGGUGAUGGCGAAGGCAUGAAUAGUAUCCCAAGUUACUCUCAGGAGUCAGACAGCAAACGACGGUCCUGGGUUAAUACAGAAAUAUCCACAACGAAACCCAAAGAAUUCACCAUCUCUCCCAACAGUGGCACCAUCCGUGCCCAGGGCUUUUCUGCCAUCAAGGUGACCUUGUGCUCCAACACCGUGCAGAAAUACGAGCUGGCGCUGGUGGUAGAUGUGGAGGGUAUCGGAGAGGAAGUGUUGGCACUCUUGAUUACAGCCAGGUGUGUCGUACCCAAGCUUCAGUUGGUGACUACAGAGGUGGACUUUGGGCGCUGCUUCCUGAAGUACCCAUAUGAGAAGAACAUCCAGCUUGUCAAUCAUGAUGACCUUCCUGGAUGCUAUAAGGUCCUGCCUCAGCUGUGUGAAAAUCCACCCACUGUGCUGCUUUCCAGCCCCUCCCCCUGUGGGGUCAUCAACCCCCACAGCACUGUGAACAUACCACUAGCCUUGGAGACCCAGGUCACUGGUGCACACCGAUCCACAGUUUACAUCUCGGUCUUCGGGAGCCAGGAACCCCCUCUGGCAUGUCACAUACAGAGUAUUGGAGAAGGCCCCGUGAUCUUCAUACACCCCACUCAAAUUGACUUUGGCAACAUCUAUGUCCUGAAGGACACAUCCAGAAUUCUCCAGCUCUCUAACCAGUCCUUCAUCCCUGCAGUAUUUCGGGCUCGCAUGGCAAACAAAAAAUCCCUUUGGACAGUUAAACCCAGUGAGGGCACAGUUCCUGCAGAAGAUGACAUCCCACUGACGCUGACUGCUAACCUGGACGACAUAGUGACGUUCAAAGACACUGUCAUCCUGGAGAUUAAGCACAGUAACACUUAUCGGAUCCCAAUCCAGGCCACUGGGAUUGGUUCUACCAUUGUUUCCGACAAACCGUUUGCUCCAGAACUCAACUUGGGAGCGCAUUUUAGCCUGGAUACCCACUAUUAUCGCUUCAAGCUGACCAACAAAGGACGCCGGGUCCAGCAACUGUUCUGGAUGAAUGAUGACUUUCGCCCCAAGGAAAAGCAGAGUAAGAAGGAACCAGUGAAGAAGGGCUCUACUGGUAGCUACCGCCAGUCCAAGGCCGCCCAGGAACCCAUCAAUAAUGAGAACCCCGUGUUUCAACUUCACCCUGUCAGGAUGGAGUUGUACCCAGGGCAGACGAUUGAUGUGAUACUUGAAGGCUAUUCCACCACACCCAAGAAAGUCAAAGAGAAGCUGGUGUGCCAGGCCAUCGUCGGAGCCCAGAAGGGGAAGAGCUUGUUGAUGUCCGUGAACAUCAUCUGCGAGUUUAUAGCUCCUCUUAUCCAGCUCUCCACCAGGCAGCUCAUAUAUCGACUUGAAAAGAAGCCCAACACCAUCCUGGAGGCCGAUUACCAACCCUUGGUGAUAAAGAACAUCACCACCCUGCCUGUGAGCAUGCUGCUUUCCACCACCGGACCCUUCUUCAUAUGUGACACUGAUAAGUCUCUACUGCCUGCAACUCCUAAGCCUAUGAAACUGGAGGUUGAUGAGGAGAAACACCUCCUGGUCAAGUUUGAUCCCUCCUUCAGAAACGACCUGAACAACUGGGUGGCAGAAGAGGUUCUGUCAAUUAAGUACCUAGAACACCCUCAGGUGGACAACCUGGGCUUGCGUGGAGAAGUGCAUUACCCCAACCUCAGCUUUGAGGUGAUGGACAUGGAUUUCGGCUGCAUCCUGAAUGACACGGAGGUCAUUCGCUACAUCAUGAUCACCAACUGCAGCCCCUUGGUUGUGAAAUUCCGCUGGUUCUUCCUGGUGGACGACGAUGAAAAUCAGAUCAGGUUCGCACCAUGUAUGAAGCCCUACAGCGCCUUCUUGUCCCAGAUGGAGUCUAUCCCAGCAACUUCGGUCACUGCCAGCUCUCUAGCGGCCCCACCAAUGCCAGAGUACACUGAGAUGGACUUCAGUGAUUCCAUCAAGACAAUCCUUAUGGACGAUGAAGCUGGACCUGAAGAAAUCAAAAAGCCCGCGACGUCCACUAUGGUCUCAGAAGCAAUAAAAUACAGUUCCGCAGGAACAGAAAGAAGCCAGAGCCAGCCGGACUACCCAGAAUGCCUGUGGAUCUACGAACAGGAUGAGAUGCUUUCUAUUGGGAUAGAAGAAGUAUUUGACAUUUUGCCCCUCUACGGAGUCGUGCGGCCAUACAGCAGCCAUCAGAUCUCCUUUACCUUCUAUGGACACUGUGACAUCAUCGCCCGGGCCAAGGCUCUGUGCGAAGUGGAAGGAGGGCCCACCUAUGAAAUACUCCUGAAGGGGGAGGCAUCCCUGGUCAACUACUCCUUUGACACGAAGGACAUUAACUAUGGAUUGCAGCUGUUUGACCAUGUCACAGAACGUGAAAUCACACUGAAAAACAUUGGAAAAGUUGGCUUUGAGUUCAAGGUUCUGACUAACUACCGGUCUUCGCCGAGGAACCUUCUCCCUGGAGUGCCGCUUAUCCUGCCUCUGUCGGGUUUUAUCCAGUCGAACAAGGAGCAGGUGUUGAAAGUUUACUACUUGCCUGGAAUACCUGAGGUCUUUCAAAGAAACUUCCAGAUACAGAUCGCCCACCUGGUCCCAGAAAACAUCACUCUGUACGGAGAGGGCAUCUUUCCACGAAUCAGCCUUGACCUACACAGGAACCUCCGAGGCAAUGAAAAGUAUGAACACUUUUUGGAACAAGCAAAGAAAACCAUAGAAAAAGAGUACAGUAAAUAUGAGACUGUCAAUCCCUAUGAGGUGAUUACUGAGGAACUCCACGAGGAGGAGACCGCAGAGAUAAGUGCUCACCUCCAGAUGGAAGUAGAGCGACUUAUAGUCCAAGACUAUGCCCUGGAACACCAGAGAGGAAUCUCCAGCACCACCGAGGACAUCUACUUUGGCCAUCGGAGCUGCCGCAAACUAGCCAAAGUCCAGCUGCCAGAGUACAUCCUAGACUUCGGCUACAUUGUACUUGGUGACGUCCGAACCCACAUCAUCAAGAUCACCAACACCAGCCAUUUUCCUGUGUCCUUCCAUGCAGAAAAGCAAGUCCUUCACGAAACAGGCUUCAGCACUGAGCUAGACCGUGUAAAGAAUCUACCUUACUGUGAGACAGAAACAUUUGAAGUGAGAUGUGACCCACAAGGGGCUAAUCUUCCUGUGGGGAACAAAGAAGUCGUUCUCCCCAUCAAGGUGUUUGGAGGGCCAACCAUUCACCUCUGUCUCCAGGCCACUGUGACCAUUCCAAGUAUGACCCUGUCGUGCAACAAAAUAGAAUUUGCUACAAUCCAGUGCGGGCAGUGCAUGGUGGAAACCAUUCAGCUUUCCAACCAUCUCCAAGUCCCUUGUGAAUGGUUUGUCCACACCCCAAAGAUUACUAACAAGCUGGAUAAACACAUGCCAAAGUAUUUACGACGGAAGCUGCGAGCUGAGAUGAUUCCCAAGACUCGGAUCUUUGAGAUCCAACCUACUUCCGGAGUCUUGGAUCCUGGCGAGAGGACCAAUGUGCAAGUGAAAUUCAUGCCUAAAGAAGAGAAGUUCUACAGCCAAUCCCUGCUGUUCCAGAUUGGCCAGAGCACUCAGAAGCUUACCCUUCUGGCACAGGGCCAAGGUCUGGAGCCACGCCUGGAGUUCAGCCCUUCAGUUCUGGAACUGGGGCCCCUCCUGCCUUUUGCAUCAGGAGAUGAGGCUGAGGUGAUUGUGAGGAACCCCUGCAGCUUCCCCAUUGAGUUCUACUCCCUCGAAUUUGACCAGCAGUAUCUCUUAGAAGAGAAGAUGCUGCGACAGCUGAAGGGCUACGACUCAUACAACACCCUGCUGCUGCCUCCCCGGAACCCGGGGGAGAAGCUGCCACAGGAAGUGUAUGAUUACUUUAAGGAGAUGAAGAAAUCAAAAGAGGAGCACAUGAAGGCCAAGUACCUGGAGAACGUGACCCAGGAGAACGAAGAGGAAGAAAUGAACACAUCUGACCAAGGAACUGCCAGCACAAAGAGGACAUCACUUAGCCGAGGGAUAUCUCUCACAUCCAACCUGGAGGAGCGGCAUCUUGCGACUGAAGCCAAAAACUUUCCAGAUGAGGACGACUAUGAAGAAAGCCUGGAAAAACUAAGUAACCAAGCCGAGAAGAUGCAGAGCACAGACAGCCACUCCGUGGAAGAGGUUGGUGAGGUGGAGAGCAACCCAGUGAGCAAGGCCAUCGCACGCCACCUGGGCAUCGACAUUUCUGCAGAAGGCCGCCUAGCCAAGAACAGGAAGGGCAUUGCCAUUAUCGUCCACGGGACACCCAUGUCAGGAAAGACAGCCAAUGCCAUCAGCAUGGCCAAGUUCUACAAUGCAGCCUGCCUGAACAUUGACUCCAUUGUCUUAGAAGCCCUGUCAGACACUAACAACAUCCUAGGGAUUCGGGCUCGGGAGCUGUGCAUCAGAGCUGCCAUAGAGCAGUCCAUGAGGGAAGCAGAGGAGUCAGCCCAGGAGUCUUCAGUGACCCAAAAUAUUGGGGCACCAGCACGACUAAGCACUGAGAACCUGGGCAGGUUUACCUCAGAACUCACUCUAAUGACUCAGGAAUACAAAGUCCCGAAGAGCAUGCGUGGGAGCGUGAUGUUCACCAAAGGCAAGGCAUCGGAUAGCCACUGGUCUGGGUCUCAGAAGCAGCAUCAUCAGCACCAAUCCGAAACACCACAGGUUCAGAUCUCCUCCAGCCCUCUCCUCCCUGGUCCUACCCAGCGGCGGCUCAGCGUCAGCGCCAGUAUCGGAGGGGAGACCGGACUGAUGAGCUGUGUGCUCCCAGAUGACCUCCUUGUUCAGAUCCUGGCUGAGCGGAUACAGCUGAGUGACUGUUUCAGGGGUGUGGUGUUCGAUGGCCUGGACACGCUCUUUGCACGGAAUGCACCCUCUGCCCUCCUCUGCCUGCUAAAGGCCAUCGGCAGCCGGGAGCACAUAUAUGUCAUCAACAUGUCUCAGGAUUAUGUGGCCAUGAAAGCCCAGGAGAAGGCUAAAAAGGAGCUAGAAGAGAACAAGCGCAAGGAAGCUCUUGCGAAGGAGAAGGAGCGUCUCCAGACACUAGACGAGGACGAAUAUGAUGCUCUAACAGCAGAAGAGAAAAUCGCAUUUGACCGCGAAGUUCGGCAGGCGCUCCGGGAGAGAAAGAAGAGGGAGCUAGAGAGACUCGCCAAGGAGAUGCAGGAGAAGAAGCUGCAGCAGGAGCAGGAGAGGCAGAAGGAAGAGGACGAGCUGAAACGGAAGAUCAAAAGGCCUAAGCAGGGCCCUGUGGCAAAGGAGGAGCCACUCCUAAAGAAGCAACAAGGAGCCACGAACAAGCAGAUUCCCACUGUUGCCAAAUUAGAAAUGAAGAUGGAGUCCAUAGAAAGGAAAGUUUCUGUCAGAGAGCAUGCAACACUUGAAGAAACCACCAGGAAAAAGAAAGCCACGACCGAAUAUGCGUUUGGAUUUCCAAUUACCCAGGAACAAGAGGACAGCGAAGGAGACUUCCUGAAGGACUCUGACAAGAACCUGGCACAAAAGUUUAAAGUCUAUGACACAUGUCUGAAGGACGUCCAAAGCAUCCUCAUGUACUGGGACCGCAAGCAAGGGAUGCUGGUACCUCAUGCGGGCACUGAGGAGCCAUCACAUGAGGUUGACGACCAGCGCCAGGCACCUUCAGGGGGUGGAGGUCGCAGGGGUCGCAAGGACCGGGAGAGGGAGCGCCUGGAGAAGGAGCGAGCUGAGAAGGAGCGCCUCGAAAGGGAGAAGGCUGAGAGGGAGCGCCUGGAGAAGCUGAAGGCCAUGGAGGAGCGGAGCGACGAAGGGGAGGGGGAAGAGGAGCAUGAGGGAAAGAAGGAUCUCGGGGUGCCCUUUAUCAACAUACAGACUCCUGACUUUGAAGGCAUAAGCUGGAAGCAAGCCCUGGAGAGUGACAAGCUUCCCAAAGGAGAUCAGAUCCUGAACAUCCUAGGCCUGGGCUCCUCAGGACCACCCAUCCCCGCUCCUGUCUUGUUCUCCAUCAUCUCGUACCCAGCCAAGCGGCAGUCUCUGAUCGCCACUGAGAUCCUGAAGCACUUUGUGUUUGUGAUCCCACCUAAUGAAGACCUCCCCCUGAUGGACGAGAAAAAAAAGAUGGAAGGAGACUCAGACAUCUUCCUCAACACCAUCAUAACCAAGGCCCAAGAGGAACAGCCCUCUCCACCUAAGGGAGGCAAACAGAAAUCGAAAGAAAAAUCAGAACAAGUGCGUGAAACUCAGAAGGACAAACGUCGCACGUACUCCGGCAGGAAAGGCCUCUCUGGGGGGACAUCGGGGAGCAUCGCCCCGAUGUCUGACCUAGACCCGAACAGCUUUGAUGGAGAACACUCCCAGGAGAAGUUCAUCAGGCUGAAUCACUUCCGGUGGAUUGUGCCUCCAAACGGAGAGGUAACCUUGAGAGUACACUUCUCCUCUUUCGAUGUCGGCAACUAUGACCAAACGUUUAAUUUUGAACUCCUUGGGACCCGCCGCCAAUACCAGCUCUACUGCCGUGGAGUCUGCACCUACCCAUACAUCUGCAAAGACCCAAAAGUUGUGUUCUCCCAGAGGAAGAAAGACAUGAAGUUAAAAGAAGUCGUCAUUAAGAAGUAUGUAAUGAGCAUGGAGAAGUUUUACUUUGGGCCACUGCUUUGUGGAAAGUCAAGGGACAAGUAUAAGACAUCCUUGUUCCCUGGCAACAUGGAGACACUGACGAUCCUGAAUGAUUCUCCAAUGGUGGUGGAGGCAUACUUCUGUUUCCAGCAUGACGUAAAAGCGAGUACCUACUUUCUAGAGCCCGUCAACAUGACUCUGAAACCCAAUGAAAAACAGUUACUAAACGUAUGGGCCUACCCAACUGCAGUCGGUGUCUUUGAAGACAGCAUUGUCUGCUGCAUCAAGGAGAACCCCGAGCCAGCCAUCUUUAAGUUAAGCUGCCAAGGAAUUCGCCCAGAAAUUGAGCUGGAGCCCAGGCAAUUACAUUUUGACCGGCUCUUGCUUCAUAGAAAAGAAACCAAGACAGUAGUUCUCCGAAAUGUCACGUCUCUUCCCGUGGCCUGGCGGAUCUCCAGCUUGGAACACCUAGGGGAGGACUUCUCUGUGUCCAUGAUGCAGGGCACCAUGCUACCCAAGGGAGAGUUUGGGCUGCAAGUGCAGUUCCAGCCCUCCAAACCUGUCAACAUCAAGAAGGCCAUUCGGAUUGAGGUUUUAGAUGCAGAGAAUCUUGUUGGUGUCGUUCAGAUCGAAAACAUCUUGAUCUUUGCAGAAUCGUAUGAUAUCGCUUUGGACAUCACCUUCCCCAAAGGAACUGAAGGAGGUCUAGACUUUGGGACUUUGAGGGUCAUGGAGGAGGUGAAGCAGCCCCUUCAACUGAAGAACCGUGGAAAAUACGAGAUCAUAUACAGCUUCACUGUGGACUCCUUAGGGGUUUUGCCAACAAACUUAAGUUCCAUGAUCACAGUCCAACCCAAAAGGGGGACGCUGGCCUCCAUAGAUAAACCUACAACUGUCCAGGUGUACUUCCGAGCAAGAAAGGAAGUGAAGAUCGAGAACCAGCCCAUCCUGCGCUGCCAGAUUAUUGAGCCAACUCUCCCAGAAGGUGAGAUCAUUGCCAGCAUCCCAAUUAAGUUUUCUGUGAAUGCAGUGUACUCCAAAUUCACCAUCAGCCCCUCCUCCAUCAUCAAUUUUGGGGCUUUGAUCUGCGGUACCAGGAAAAGCAUCACCUUCACCAUAGAAAACCAAGGCAUAAUUGACUUCAAAUACGCCCUCUACAGGCUGACAGGGGAGAGUCCAAUUCUUCAAAAGAAGAUAGCCAGCCACCUGAGGCACGGAAGAACCCGAGAAAGUGAUAGCUUCUACAAGCCCGGAGCUACUAAACCGACCAAGUUCUCUGACACAGUCCAGAAAGAUGUGAACAUAGCAAACCAGGCCCGCUUCACCCAUGGCAUGUUCACCGUAUACCCGGGAUUUGGCUCCGUCCCUUCGGGAGGACAGCAGAUCAUCACUGUUGAGUGUGUGGCUGACCCUGUGGGGAGGUGUGAAGAGUUUCUGGCCAUCGAUAUCUCUGACCGAGACCCUAGAGAAAAUCCUGCCGGCAUUCCUUACACUCUGCUUGCUGAAGCAUGUCUGCCAGCCUUUGUGACCGACAACAACAUCUUGAUAUUUGAGGAACAUCAGAUCUGUACCAGCCCCAACCUGUACCACAUACAACAGACCAUACAGAGUGGGGGGCUGUUCGUGGAAGAUGAGAACAAGUUCAUCUUCUGCAACGUCCUGGUGGGUCAUCAGGCCAAGGCUCGGUUCAAGAUCAGCAACGUGGGAAAGAUCUCCUGUGACGUCAACAUUAUCGUCAAGCCCAUCUCCAACAAGGCGGCCCACCGCAUCACUGACAUCUUUGACGUGGAACCCAGCAAGAUGUGCAUUGGGAGCCGCUCACACGCCUUCGCCACAGUGCUGUUCACACCACAGGCCAUGCAGACCUACCAGUGCAUCUUCGAGGCCACUUUGGAUGGCCUGCCCAGCAACCUGGCGAGGAGCCGCGGUCUUGUGUUUGAUAUUAUUGGUGAGGGGACCCUCCCUCGAGUGACUGUCAUCCGGCCAACUCUAUAUAACCAACACGGAAACCCCUUGCUCCUGUUUAAGAGGCUUCUGCUUGGUCACUCAGAGAAACUACCUCUCAUCCUUAAGAACAAUGGCACCAUCCCCGCCCAGCUGCAUGUGGACCUGCGGGACCAACUAGGAGUCUUCUCUCUAAAAGGGAGGCCCACUACCUCCUACAUCUACAUCAUAGAGGAAAACAAACCAAAUGAGAAAGUCAAAAAAGCCCACACGGCCUCCCUAGUGGUUUCUCCUGGAGACACAGCUGAGUUCGAUGUCUUUUUCCACUCCAAUAAGAUUGGGAGAAUGACAGGCACCAUCCACUUAUCAGUGAUCAACAACCAGUAUGAGGAGACCAUGAUCCACCUGAUCGGCGAAAGCUACAAGGAUGACAUCACCUUGGACAACAUCCAUGGUCUGAUCAGUUCCCCCAGCCAGGAAUGCUCAGAUAUGUCUGAGGUCAUAGAGAUCGCCGAGGAGAGCACCAUGGAGGACUUGGUGACAGCUGCCCUUCUGGAGCACAUCCAGUUUGGGUACUGUCACAUUGGAGUCAGCUACACCGUCAGCUUCACCAUCACCAAUCACAGCCAAGUGAAUGCGAUUCGCUUCGAGUGGCCCCUCUUAGCUACACUGUCUUUCUCCCCACAGAUAGGGCAUCUCCACCCUGGCUGUUCCAAGGAUGUGUUGGUGACUUUGAAAUCAGAAUCACCCAUCACCCUGAAGAAGAUGUGUGUCAAGUGCAAGCUUUCCAAGAUCAUGUUUCAGCUCCCUGUAGACCAGGUCCCUGACUGGGAUGACCGCAUGCGCACAGUCAAGUGGGUAGAUGCUCCCCGAAAUACACCCGGGAUCUUGACGACAAAACGAAAGGUCAUAGAGACGGACCCUGAGCCAGCCCACUCGGUGGUAGAAGAAAAUUACCGAGAGUUGCGGAUCCAGUUCAGUGCCAACGUGGAUUUUGCUUCAUAUCAGUGUGAAACAAGUGACGUGUUCUUUAAGGAAACACUGGUUUACCAGACCCGAGUGUUUGAGUUUGACCUGGUCAACACAGGACAGGUGCUGUUAGAAUUCUGCUGGAUCUCAGAAGAAGCCACCAAGGCAGUAAGCUUUGCCAUGCCAGAGAAUCAAGGUUCUAGUCAAAAGCUAAGUCAGGGCACAGGCAGCUCCCUGGACAGCGCCCUGGACCACUGGACCGAAGCCUCUCCCUCGCCCUUCUCAGUGGAACCCUCCUCAGGCUUUGUGCCUGUAGGAAAGACUCAGAAGCUCAAAGUGAAGUUCUCCCCAAUGGACAUCGGAGAGUUUGAGAGCUCCCUGUACUGCCAAAUUCCCAACCUGCCACUUGGAGAACAAGGCCCUGUUUUGGUAACAAAAGGGCGAAGCGUCCUGCCGUUCUGCCACUUUGACCUGAAGGAAUCAGACUACAUCAGUGGUCAUCGGCGCAACCCAGAGCUCCGAGGACCAGGCGCUGGGCCUCUUGAACCUAACACCCGAGUGAUCGAGUUCACCAGUGUGGGCAUAGGUGGAAAGAAUCUCCGGUCCUUUACAAUUCUGAACCCAACCAACAGCACCUACUCUUUCUGCUGGACCUCUGAAGAGACAGAAAGUCUCCAGCACCCUCCGGCUUUUGUGUGUCUUACAGAAAAGGGUAUUAUCCACCCUGAAAAGAAAGCUGAGAUUAUAUUCCAGUUCCUGCCAGCUCACCUAGACAUCACAGAAGCAUUCUGGACUUUCUCUAUCCCAGAGCACAAUAUCUCAGUCCCCUUCCUGCUGGUGGGCAAGACCACGGACCCCCUCAUCUCUCUUGACAAGUCACACCUCAACUUCAGUUCACUCCUCAUUGGCAGAGAAGCCCGAGAGACAGUAAAGAUCAUCAACAAGGAGGAGCACGGGUUUAAUUUUGCCUUCCAGGACAACUCCCGCUAUUCCGAAGGAUUCAAUAACAGCCUCAUUGUAUGUCCUAUGGAAGGUUGGAUCCCACCACUAUCCAGGUUCCCAGUUGAUAUUUUCUUCACACCAAAGCAAGAAGGAGAUGUGAACUUCAAUUUGAUCUGCAAUAUAAAAAAGAAAGCUCACCCUCUGACACUCAACGUCAAGGCUGAAGGCUACACUAUGAACGCUGAGGUCAAGUGCAGGGACAGGAUGGGCACCACCAUCCUCCUGUCAUCCACCCAGGUCAACACCAUCAACUUCUACGAGGUGGAGUUGAAUGAAUGUGUUCAGUGUGAAUUUAACUUCAUCAACACCGGCAAGUUCAACUUCAGCUACCAGGCAGAGCUCUCUGGGCCCAAAUGCCUGUUGCAGUACUUGGAUUUCACACCCACCGACAGUAGCGUAGACGUGGGUCAGUCUGAACCGGCCAACCUGUCUUUCCAACCAUAUCAGAAGUGUGUCUUGAAGGGUCUGGAACUCAAAAUCAAGAUCAGCCACGGCCCAACAUUCGUAUGCAACAUCUUAGGCUGUGCUGUGAGCCCAGCAGUCCAUUUCUCCUUCACCAGCCACAACUUUGGGACUUGCUUCAUCUACCAAGCUGGGAUGCCCCCAUACAAACAAGUCCUCCUUGUCACCAACAGAGAAGAAACAUCUAUGAGCCUAGAUUGUUUAUACACCAACACCCCACACAUCGAGGUGAACUUCAAUGUGGAUGUGAUAAAGCCAGGGAAGACACUGGAGAUCCCAAUCACCUUUUACCCUCGGGAAGCUAUCAACUACCGAGAACUCAUCCCCUUUGAAAUCAAUGGGCUCUCUCAACAGACAGUGGAGAUCAAAGGGAAAGGCACAGAAAUGAAGCUUUUAGUUCUAGAUCCAGCCAACAGGAUCGUGAAGUUAGGAGCUGUCCUGCCAGGACAGGUUGUCAAGAAAACUGUUUCCCUUGUCAACAACAGCCUGGCCCAGCUCACCUUUAAUCACUCGGUCCUGUUCUCCAUUCCAGAGCUCCAGGAAGCCAAGGUCAUCACCUUGGAGCCCUUCCACACCAUCACCAUGAAGCCUAAAGAAGUCUGUAAACUAGAGAUAACCUUUGCCCCCAAGAAGCGAGUCCCUCCUUUCUCUGAGGAAGUCUUCAUGGAAUGGAUGGGGCUACUGCGUCCCCUCUUCCUCCUCAGCGGCUGUUGUCAGGCCCUGGAGAUCUCCCUGGACCAAGAGCAUCUUCCCUUUGGUCCCGUGGUGUAUCAGACUCAAGCCACACGGCGCAUUCUCAUAAUGAACACAGGCGACGUGGGUGCAAGGUUUAAAUGGGAUGUGAAGAAAUUCAAGCCCCACUUCUCCAUUAGCCCUGAAGAAGGCUACAUCACCUCAGGCACGGAGGUUGCUCUAGAAGUAACCUACCACCCUACUGAGGUAGGGAAGGAGAGUCUCUAUAAAAACAUCCUCUGCUUCAUCCAAGGAGGAACUCCUCUGAGCCUCACCCUGUCUGGAAUCUGUGUGGGACCACCUGCUGUAAAAGAGGUUGUGAAUUUCAACUGCCAAGUGCGUUCCAGGCACACACAGACCAUCCUGCUCUCAAACCGCUCCAACCAGACCUGGAACCUGCACCCCAUCUUUGAGGGUGAGCACUGGGAGGGGCCUGAGUUCAUCACCUUGGAGGCCCAUCAGCAAAACAAGCCCUACGAGAUCACCUACAAACCCCGAACCAUGAAUCUGGAGAACCGAAAGCACCAGGGCACUCUCUUUUUCCCACUCCCGGAUGGGACUGGCUGGCUAUAUGCCCUGCAUGGGACUGCCGAACUCCCCAAAGCUGUUGCCAAUAUCUACCGUGAAGUUCCAUGCAAGACUCCUUAUACGGAGCUCCUGCCAAUCAGCAACUGGCUGAACAAGCCCCAGAGAUUCCGGGUCAUUGUGGAAAUAUUGAAACCAGAGAAGGCAGACCAAAGUGUCACUCUGAAGGGCCUUGAUUACAUUGAUGUUCUGUCUGGCUCCAAGAAAGACUACAAGCUGAACUUCUUUUCCUACAAAGAGGGACUGUACACUGCAAAGGUGAUCUUCCGGAAUGAGGUGACCAACGAGUUCUUGUAUUACACUGUGAGUUUCAGGGUCACCCCUUCUGGCAUCAUAAAAACCAUCCAGAUGACAAGCCCAGUCCGCCAGAGUGUAUCAGCCUCCAUCAAGUUGGAGAACCCCCUGCCCUACUCGGUGACCUUCUCAACAGAAUGCAAGUUGAGUGACAUCAGCCUGCCUUCCCAGUUUGCCGUGCCUCCAAACUCUGAGGGAACAUUCUCAUUUGAAUUCCAGCCCCUGAAAGCUGGAGAGAUCUGUGGGAGACUGACCUUGCACAACAGUGAUUUGGGUUACUACCAGUACGAGCUUGCUCUGAAGGCCUUGCCUGCACCUCCCGAGAAACCCGUCCACUUCCAGACCGUUCUUGGCAGCAGCCAGAGCAUCCUAGCAAAGUUCACCAAUUAUACCCGGCUGAAGACAGAGUACUACUGCAAGACUGACUGUCCCGACUUCCACACAGAAAAAAUUAUUAACGCAGCCCCAGGAGCCCAGGGUGGCACUGAAGUCAGCGUGGAAGUCGUCUUUGAGCCCAACCAUCUGGGUGAGACCAAAGGCAUCCUGUGCCUGUCAUCACUCAUAGGUGGGGAAUAUAUCAUCCCACUCUUUGGAAUUGCUCUGCCCCCCAAACCUCAAGGACCCUUCCUAAUCAGAGCAGGAUACAACAUCAUCAUCCCCUUCAAGAACAUCUUCCUGCAUCCAACGAGCUUCUCCUUCAUUGUGGAGAACCCAGCCUUCACCAUCCGGGCUGCAGAAACCGUACGGUCUAAGAAGAUCAACAACAUCACAGUCUUCUUUGAGGGGAACCCGUCGGGCAGUAAAACCCCUAUCACCACUAAGCUGAUUGUCACCUGCCCUCAGUGUGAAGGCACAGAAUCCGGACUCAAAUGGGUUUAUUAUCUGAAGGGGAUCACCCCUUAA